GGGAUUUCCGGCUGGGGGUCACGGUUCUUGGUUCGGUUAAGGUUUCUGCAAGAACUGAUACUCAUGCUGUGGUUCAGGUGUGGAGGUGGUCUCUGAGAGCCGCACUUCACCGCAGAGUCCUACGUCUUCUCCGGCUGGAGCUACUGUCUCUGCAAUCCUGAGAGAGAGGUAAAGAAACAUUGCUUGGUUGCCUCCCAUACGCACCUGGACCAGGGGAUCAAACCUGCAACCCAGGGGUUUUCUUUCAUGACUGUUUUCUUCAAAAUGAGUGUUAGCAUCGCCUUCGUAAGACCUUUUGCUAGAGUUGUGGUGCCAUUUACCCUUAACAAGAAGAGAAGUGUUUUAUAUUCAUCAAUUCUUCAGAGAUACAUGUCUUCCAAAAUACCACCUAUGCCCUGUCCUGAUAAGGAGAGUACAUCACCUGAACAGCUGGAAUUGGAUGCGUGGAAAAUUACAAUGAAGUCUAGUGUACAAGAAGGUGUUUCAACAGUCUUAAGUACCAACGAUGAAGAUCCUUUAGUGGCCACCAGGGAGUUAAUUGAGAUGUGGAGAUUGCUUGGCAGAGAAGUUCCAGAACACAUCAGUGAUGAAGAGCUCAAAACAAUUAUGGAAUGUGCUUCUAAAUCAUCAAAAAAAAAAUAUUUAAAAUUUUUGUAUGUUAAGGAAAAAAUGAAAAAAGCUAAGAAAAUUAAAAAGGAAAUGAAAGCAGCAGCAAAGGAAAAAGCAAAAGAAGACCAGCUACUAGAAACCACUAAGGAAAAUAAACAGCAAAACUUCCUAUUUCUACGACUUUGGGAUAGGAAUAUGGACAUAGCAAUGGACUGGAAGGGUGCCCAGGCCAUGCAGUUUGGGCAACCUUUGGUUUUUGACAUGGUUUAUGAUAAUUACAUGAAACCAAAAGAGCUGCAGAAUACUGUUUCCCAACUUUUAGAAAGUGAAGGACGGAACAGAAGAGAUGUUGAUCCUUUCCAUAUUCAUUUCUGCAAUCUUAAAACAGAUGGCCCUUUUUACAGAGAAUUAAUUAAACGUUAUGGAGAAAAAUGGAACAAACUGCUUGUAACAGCAACAGAAAAGUCACAUAUAGAUUUAUUUCCAAAGGACAGUAUUGUAUAUUUAACUGCAGAUUCUCCCAAUGUUAUGACUACUUUCAAGCAUGACAAAAUUUAUAUAGUGGGAGCUUUUGUUGAUAAGAAUAUACAGUCAGGCAUAUCCCUAGCCAAGGCAAAACGACUGAAUCUGGCAACAGAAUGCUUUCCGUUAGAUAAAUAUUUACAGUGGGAUACUGGUACAAAAAAUCUCACCUUAGAUCAGGUAAUACGUAUUUUGUUAUGUCUGAAAAACAAUGGUAGUUGGGAAGAGGCUCUGAAGUUUGUUCCAAGGAGAAAACAUACUGGUUAUCUGGAGAUUCCUCAGUAUUCUCAAGAGUUUGUCAACAGAGGGAAGAAGUCAAAGAUUAUUAAGUCAUUUCAAAAAGGCUCUCUGAAUAUAUACACACAGAAAAGAUAACUUAAAAGAAUAUUCGAUAGCUUAAAAAGUAAAUAGAUUGGAAAUACAGUUGUUAGUCUCUUCCUGAAUGAAAUUCACUUGCUCUUUAGAAGUUGUCUUUUGAAACUAACUGAAGUAUUGUACUUUCCCCAAUUAAGUAAAAAUCUGCAAAACUUUGGAAAUGUAUGUAUCUUUUACAAUAAAAAAAAUCUUAGUAAAAAGAGUUGUCUGGGUUUGUUGAACCCAGUAAA